GAGGUUAGACUCAUUCAAAAUGGAGUCAGACACCGAGUCCUCUUCCGAAAAUAAUACCGAGGGCGAAAAACUAUCUGAUUCUGUAAUACAGGAUAACAACUCAAGUUCAUUACCAGAUAUAACUGAAAACGUAGAAGCAGAGGAUCAACCUUUUUCUGAAAAUGAACAGUUUUCAGAAGAUGCCGAAGCUUUAAAAGAGGAGUUAGAAAAAAUUAUAGUUACUCCACCAGAAGUUGACGUCGCUCCACAGCCAGUGGAAGUAUUUGAUCCAUCAAAGUUUCCUUCAUCAUAUAAAGACAACCUACCUAAAGAACAAAUAGUUUUGCAAUAUGCAGAUAGCUUCCGUCGUCAGUAUGUUCAUCUAUACAGAGACCGUAAGCCUCUGCUACUUUGUCCCAUCAAUGAAUGUGGAGUUGAGAAAUUUGUGUGCACCACUAUCAGACCAUGUCUGCUUCCAUUUAAAGAAUUAUACAACUGGGAAGGAGCUGCAGAGUUUGUGGCUGAUUACCUAAAUUUUGAAACUCUCGACCCUUCUUAUGAACUGCCUAAGAGACUUAUAUCUCCAGCCACAAUAUUAAAACGUCAAAAGGGGAAUUGUUUUGAGUACAGCACAUUACUCUGUUCAAUGCUGAUCGGUGCUGGAUACGAUGCAUAUGUUGUCAGUGGUUACGCCAAUAGAGACACAUGUCUUGCUGAUGAAUCUAGAGAAAUAUGUCCUCUUCUUAAGAAAAAGGAGGAGGAAAAACAGGAAGAAAAGAAAAAGCAAAUAAAAAAAUAUACAGUCAAACCACCAAAAGAUUUACGAAGCAAAUUCGAACUAAAAAUGGAGGCAAGGAAGGUUGAAGAACAAAAAGCAGAAGAUCUGAGAAGAAAAUUAGAGGCAGAACAAAAACAAGCAGAGUUAGAAAAGCCUCAGCCAAACCCACUCCAUGGAUUACAAAUUCAUUCUUGGGUUCUUGUUCUCUCUGGGAAGCGUGAGGUACCAGAAAGUUUUUUCAUUGAGCCUUUUACAGGGCUGUCACAUCCCACAACCAGUGAUGCUUACCUUGGCAUAGAAUCCUUAUGGAACCAUUUAAACUACUGGGUUUGCAUGCAGGACUGUUCAGAUGGAAUAAGUAAAGUUAGCUAUGAUCUUGGAGAUUGUGUUCAGUGGGAGUUCAUGUUUCCAAGUGUUGACAAACCACAGUUGAUUAUUCCAGAGGCUGAGGACGACCUUGAUAACUUAGAUGAAGAAGAGAAUAAAGAAGAAGAAGAACACCAUUUGGAUAUGCCGCCAUCUUGGGUUGAACCUCUCCAACUUUCCCAGAAGGAUUUUGAAAUGCGGUGCCCACAUGGUAAAAAAACAAAACUGUACAAACGAGCUAAGGUGGAAAAGUUUGCACAUUACCUUAUGCCUGAUGGGCUUAUCACAAGGCUUUCUAUUUAUGAUGAUAAAGAUUUGACAGAUUUGAUGAUGGUGAAAGAAUAUUUUGAACAUCGAGCUGAUAAAUUGAAUUUGAGAGUUCAUAACCACAGGACUGGCUGGAUCACUGAAUAUUUUCACCCUGGGAGACUUAAACAAGUUAAAGAGCACUGUUACCGAGCCAGCGCCCCUGAACCAGAGAAUGACAGAACGAUGAUGUUUUAUUCUGAUGCUCGAGUCGAUGGUCUAGUCAAAAGAACUGAGACUCCUUUAUCCAUGACUGAACACUUCAAGGGAAGAGAUGAUUUUCUUUUCUACAAGCAUGUUGAGUUUGGUAAAAGAGCUAAAAAAUUUGGGCCUCAAGAAGAUACCAACACAAACAUACUAAAGCCUAUUGUUAAAAUGAUUCAAAGGUUUGAUCACAACCCAGCCAAACCUGCCAACUCAGAUAUCAGUGAACUUGUGUUUUUGGUUGCAGAGGACAAAAUCCACAUUACAUACCACACAGAAGAGGCCCAUAUUGCCUCUUCUUUUAGAGAGUACAUUAAACCUCAAAACUGGGAAGAAAAAGGGGCUGUGCUGGCAUGGUCACAAGAAAUGCAUGCAACAUUCCAAGCAGAUCCAAACUUUCCUCAAUGCAAGCAAGUAGAGUUGUAUCAAAACCUGCUUCAUUUGUUGAAGAUGGAAGAGUCUUGUACUGAAGCUGUGAGAGACUCUGAAGAAGAGGUCAAAGAAAUUCUUUCCAGCCGCCAGAGAGAAGAAAUUGCAUCGCAGCUUGAUAUAUCUGUGUACGACACUGAAAGAAAUGAGAAAGCUAAAAAACAUAGACGAGAGCUGGAACGACAACUUUUGGAAGAAAAGAUGAGAAAGCAGGAAAUGGAAAUUGACUAUCUGGCACCUUUCUUGGCUCAAAUGGGUGACCCUGAGAAGAUAACUAAACCCCAAGCCCUCAAACUAAAGGAGGAUUGUUUAGCAGAUUUGAAACAUCGUCUCAUUAAUAAAGCAAAUCUCAUUCAGUCAAGAUUUGAAAAGGAAACACAAGAGCUACAGAAGAAACAAGCAUGGUACCAGCAGAACCAGGUUUCUAUGUCGAAAGAUGAUGAAGAAGAUUAUCUCAACUACUGCAGUGAAGCCAUGUUUAGAAUACACAUAUUAGAGCUUAGACUGGCCAGACACAAAGAAAAUGCUCCACACAAGUAUAUGAACUUGGAACAAAAACUAAGACAGGAUCCACGUCUGGCAGAAUACUUUUAAUUUAUUUAUAGUAAAUUGCAUGUAUAAAAUUAAAAUGUAGCGUGUUGUUUACAACAUAUAUAUAUAUAUAUAUAUAUAUAUAUAUAUAUAUAUAUAUAUAUAUAUAUAUAUAUAUAUAUAUAUAUAUAUAUAUAUACAUAUAAAUUUUCUUUGAAAAUAUGCACAUCUGUUAACAGAAUUUUAAAAUAUUUGUAAAUAUUACAAUUUUAUGUCUAAAAUAUGUAAACCCUUUUUUUGAAAAUUAAAAUAUGAAGAAAAUACUUAAUUUUUUUUUCAAGUUUGAUUUUAAAAUAAACUGUACUAUCAUGAAUGUCUAGUGUCAUGUAUAUUUAUUGUAUCCUACAACUGGCCCAGUAAGAUAAUAAAUAUUUCGAUUAAAUAUUGUCAUUAAAAUA